AUGCCUCCACGACCAUCGUCGGGUGAACUGUGGGGCAUCCACUUGAUGCCCCCACGAAUCCUAGUGGAAUGUUUACUCCCAAAUGGAAUGAUAGUGACUUUAGAAUGCCUCCGUGAGGCUACACUAAUCACCAUAAAACACGAACUGUUUAAAGAAGCCAGAAAAUACCCUCUGCAUCAGCUUCUGCAAGAUGAAUCUUCUUACAUUUUCGUAAGUGUUACCCAAGAAGCAGAAAGGGAAGAAUUUUUUGAUGAAACAAGACGGCUUUGUGACCUUCGGCUUUUUCAACCCUUUUUAAAAGUAAUUGAACCAGUAGGCAACCGUGAAGAAAAGAUCCUCAAUCGAGAAAUUGGUUUUGUUAUCGGCAUGCCAGUGUGUGAAUUUGAUAUGGUUAAAGAUCCAGAAGUCCAGGACUUCCGAAGGAACAUUCUGAAUGUUUGCAAAGAAGCUGUGGAUCUGCGGGAUCUCAACUCCCCUCAUAGCAGAGCAAUGUAUGUCUACCCUCCCAACGUAGAGUCUUCCCCAGAAUUGCCAAAGCACAUCUACAACAAGUUAGAUAAAGGACAAAUCAUAGUGGUGAUUUGGGUAAUUGUCUCUCCAAACAAUGACAAGCAGAAGUAUACCCUGAAGAUCAACCACGACUGUGUGCCAGAGCAAGUCAUUGCUGAAGCCAUCAGGAAGAAGACUCGGAGCAUGCUGCUCUCGUCUGAGCAGCUGAAACUCUGUGUUUUAGAAUACCAGGGCAAGUAUAUUCUGAAAGUGUGUGGCUGUGAUGAAUACUUCCUAGAAAAAUACCCUCUGAGUCAGUACAAGUACAUAAGAAGCUGUAUAAUGCUGGGGAGGAUGCCCAACUUGAUGUUGAUGGCCAAAGAAAGCCUUUACUCUCAGCUGCCAAUGGAUAGCUUCACAAUGCCGUCAUACUCCAGGCGCAUCUCCACAGCCACGCCCUAUAUGAAUGGAGAGACAACUACGAAAUCCCUCUGGGUUAUAAAUAGUGCGCUUAGAAUCAAAAUUCUUUGUGCAACUUAUGUAAAUGUAAAUAUUCGAGACAUUGAUAAGAUCUAUGUUCGAACAGGUAUCUACCACGGAGGAGAACCCUUAUGUGACAAUGUGAACACUCAAAGAGUACCUUGUUCCAAUCCUAGGUGGAAUGAAUGGCUGAAUUAUGACAUAUACAUUCCUGAUCUUCCUCGCGCUGCUCGCCUUUGCCUUUCCAUUUGCUCUGUUAAAGGCCGAAAGGGUGCUAAGGAGGAGCACUGUCCAUUGGCCUGGGGAAAUAUAAACUUGUUUGAUUACACAGACACCCUAGUAUCUGGGAAAAUGGCUUUGAAUCUCUGGCCUGUACCACAUGGGUUAGAAGAUCUGCUGAACCCUAUUGGUGUUACUGGGUCAAAUCCAAAUAAAGAAACUCCAUGCUUAGAGUUGGAGUUUGAUUGGUUCAGCAGUGUGGUGAAGUUUCCAGACAUGUCUGUGAUCGAAGAGCAUGCUAAUUGGUCUGUGUCCCGAGAAGCUGGAUUCAGUUACUCUCAUACAGGACUGAGUAACAGACUCGCCAGAGACAAUGAACUAAGAGAAAAUGACAAAGAACAGCUCCGAGCACUUUGCACCCGGGACCCACUGUCUGAAAUCACUGAACAAGAGAAAGAUUUCCUAUGGAGCCACAGACACUACUGUGUAACUAUUCCUGAAAUCCUACCCAAAUUGCUUUUGUCUGUCAAGUGGAAUUCCAGAGAUGAAGUAGCCCAGAUGUACUGCUUAGUCAAAGAUUGGCCUCCAAUCAAGCCUGAGCAGGCCAUGGAGCUUCUGGACUGUAAUUAUCCAGAUCCUAUGGUUCGGAGUUUUGCCGUUCGGUGCUUGGAAAAAUACUUAACAGAUGACAAACUUUCUCAGUACCUCAUUCAGCUUGUCCAGGUCUUAAAAUAUGAACAAUAUUUGGAUAACCUGCUUGUGAGAUUUUUACUCAAGAAAGCGUUGACAAAUCAAAGGAUUGGCCAUUUUUUCUUUUGGCAUUUAAAAUCUGAGAUGCACAAUAAGACCGUCAGUCAAAGGUUUGGCCUCCUGUUGGAGUCCUACUGCCGUGCCUGUGGGAUGUAUCUGAAACACCUGAACAGACAGGUAGAGGCCAUGGAGAAGCUCAUCAACCUAACUGACAUCCUCAAACAGGAGAAGAAGGAUGAAACACAAAAGGUACAGAUGAAGUUUUUGGUUGAGCAGAUGAGACAGCCAGAUUUCAUGGAUGCUCUGCAGGGUUUUCUGUCUCCUCUAAACCCUGCUCAUCAGCUAGGGAACCUCAGACUUGAAGAGUGUCGAAUUAUGUCCUCUGCAAAAAGACCACUGUGGUUGAAUUGGGAGAACCCAGACAUCAUGUCAGAGCUACUGUUUCAGAACAAUGAGAUCAUCUUUAAAAAUGGCGAUGAUUUACGGCAAGAUAUGUUAACACUUCAGAUCAUCCGGAUUAUGGAGAACAUCUGGCAAAACCAAGGCCUUGACCUUCGAAUGCUACCUUAUGGCUGUCUGUCCAUUGGGGACUGUGUGGGGCUCAUCGAAGUGGUGAGAAACUCUCACACUAUCAUGCAGAUCCAGUGCAAAGGAGGCCUAAAGGGGGCACUGCAGUUCAACAGUCACACACUGCACCAGUGGCUCAAGGACAAGAAUAAGGGAGAAAUAUAUGAUGCAGCCAUUGACCUAUUCACAAGGUCAUGUGCUGGCUACUGUGUGGCAACCUUCAUCUUGGGGAUUGGAGACCGGCACAAUAGCAACAUCAUGGUGAAAGAUGAUGGACAGCUGUUUCAUAUAGAUUUUGGGCACUUUUUGGAUCACAAGAAGAAGAAAUUUGGUUAUAAACGGGAACGUGUGCCAUUUGUUUUGACACAAGAUUUCUUAAUAGUGAUUAGUAAAGGAGCCCAAGAAUAUACAAAGACCAGAGAGUUUGAGAGAUUUCAGGAGAUGUGUUACAAGGCUUACCUAGCAAUUCGGCAGCAUGCCAAUCUCUUCAUCAACCUGUUUUCAAUGAUGCUUGGCUCUGGAAUGCCGGAACUGCAGUCUUUUGAUGACAUUGCAUAUAUUCGAAAGACUCUGGCCUUAGACAAAACUGAGCAAGAGGCUUUGGAAUAUUUCACAAAACAAAUGAAUGAUGCACAUCAUGGCGGCUGGACGACAAAAAUGGAUUGGAUCUUCCACACCAUCAAGCAGCAUGCAUUGAACUGAGAUGGGAGCUGGGAACUGCAAGCUGGUGCACAGUUUCUCCACUGCAUGGCAGUGAGUGGCAGCAGGCAGACGUUGGUGCGGGGAUGGCACAGUCAGGAACAGCAUUAGGACUUGAGCAAGAACAGAAACAACAUGCUCUAUAAUUGAAACACUGUACACGCAAACAGGGUUUGAUAGCACUAAACUAGUUCAUUUCAGAAUUCAGCUUUAGAAUAAUGAGCAAGUUCAUGUUAUGCCUUAAGUCCAAAAAAAGGUAAACUUUGAAGAUUGUUUGUAUCUUUUUUAAAAAAACAAAAACAAAAACAAAAAUCCCCAAAAUACAUACAAAUGAUGGAGAUGAAAAGAGAAUGCUGUUCUGUUUGUCUUGCCAGGGUUCUGUUUAAAAUGUGGACACAACCAAGGCUGUGACUGCUUUAGCUCUGAGUAAGCUGCAGCUUCUGUUAAGUACAUGAAAUUGGAGAAGAAUGGAAAUCCUUAUUUUCCCAUUGCUGUUCAGACUUAUGAUUUGAAGUGGGUAUUUUGACUCCCUGCUUUAUGAGGAGCAACACUUGGGGUGAAGGGACUUGCCUUUUGCUUUGAACAAACAACCCUUUGAUGGAUUUAGGGUCUCUCACCUGUGGUUUUGAAAGCAGUCACAAGUGAUAAUCUACAGACAGCUGUGUUUUUGUUGGGUUUUGUUUUUUGUUGGUUUUUUUCUGGACAGUAUUUACAAGGAUUUGACUUAUUUCCUAGGGAAAUUCUGGGCUCACAUCAAGUACAGCAGUGAUCAUAGAGGAGGGACAGCAGGGGCUCCUGUUUCUGACCUGUACAGUAUUCACUUUAAGCUGAUUGUUUCUCCUUUUGCAAUUGAACUGAAUACUUUUUUUCAUGCAUGUUUUCCAGAAAAUAGAAGUGAGUAUUAAUGUUAUUAAAAAGAUUAUUUUUUUUUAUUAAAGGCUAUUUAUAUUAUAGAAACUAUCAUUAAUAUAUAUUCUUUAUUUACAUAAUCUGUCCCAUAGUCAUGCAUUGUUUUGCACCCCAAAUUUUUUAUCAUUGGUAACAGCAUGGUUAGCUUUUCUCUUGUCUAUAGGUGAGGCUCAGGCACUAUUCCAUUUAUCCAGAUCCUCUGUAUGACUCCCUAAGGAACAGGUUGAACUGCACAUACUUUCCUUCCACUGCUGUCGUUUCUACACGAUGCCCUCAUCAUCCAUGCAUCUAUAGUUGAGAAUGGCACAAUCAUAUGAAACCAGUUACUAAAUGAAUACCAAGUAGACUAUCAUCCUGACUCUUAAACCCUUCUACUGAGGUCUGGUCAUGAAUGACUUUUUAUAUUAUGAGAGACUAGAAACCAUGAAUUUUUUACCUUUGUAAGCUAUGUAUCCAUAUCUCAAUGAUAAAAGUAGGACAUUAACCCAUUUUACUAUCAUGUCCCAUUUCAAAGUGGUCAGGUCUCCAACUUCAUUACAUCCCAUUCAAGCACAGAAUGCGUUAUUGAGCAUCCUGAAAAGCAUCCAUCCAAGAUGUAGGGCUAAUGUUAGUGGUCACUCUAGAUUUCUACUCAGUGUUUGAAUCAUUCAUGUCCUUGAAAAUAGCUUUAGCAGAUAUUCAGAUGCCACACCAAAAAAAAGAAAAAAGAAAAAAAAAAGAAAAAGGAAAAAAAAUCGGAAAAAAAAUAAAUAAAAAGAAAAAAAGAAAAAAAUGUGCAAUAAUUUACUGACAGUUCCUAGCUUAGGUGUGUUAAUGGAGAGCCUCUUUAUUAAGAGCGCACACUGUACACUCUAGAAAAACAGCAUCCCUUUAAAAGCGCUCAUCUGUGAGGUCAGACACCUAUAGUAGAAGUUUUGAAUAGUAAACAGGGGACUCUAAUAAAAAUACUCUUAUUAUCUGGCUAUUUUAGAACCCUUAAAGGGCAUAAUUAUUGAAGAUUUAGGUACUUCACUAAAGCAUGUAUAUAUUAUUGCCAACAAGAAAAACCUGAAGAUUAGGGGAACUUAGUUCUGUAAACUGUCUUGGAAUGUUAAUCAGAAUUUAAACUGUUUUAAGCAGAAAACCAGAUAGAUUCUUUUGCAGAUAUAGAAAACUUCCUAACUUAUUUAAACUUGGCAUUUAACACUUUGUGUUACUUAGAUAUGCAGUUGCUAGGUACUAACAUCCCAUUCUUUUCUGUAUCAGGGAUUAUUACAAUCAAACUCAGUGACAUGGUACAAAUCUACAACUUUAAUGGUGGAAACUAAAGAAUUACAAAGAACUGUGUUUUCCCGAGUGCCAAAAAAAAAAAAAAAAAAAAGCCACGAGCCUCCUUGCACAAAAAUGAUAGCAUUUUUUGCUUUUUUUUUUUCCUUUUGCAUUAGUUCAAAUAGUUAUCUAGUACCACCUUCCAGGGUCUCCACACAAUUAAAACACAACCACAUAGCUUAUUUUGCCAUUUACAACCACAUUAAUUGUAUUUGAGAAAAAAUUUCUAUUCUAUAAGUGGUAUAAGGAGAGAAAAGAGGAAGAAGGAAGGAGAGAAAGAAAGAAAGAAAGAAAGAAAGAAAGAAAGAAAGAAAGAAGAAAAGGAAGAGGAGAAUGGGUUGAAUUAAAAAAGACAAAAACUUGAAUUGAAGCUGGGGUGAUCAAAAUCUGUUUCCAGAGAGCAAUAAUGUGCCACUCCCAGGUACUUCAAUAUCAGAAGGACCUGUGGACCGGUCACCUCUGUAAAUGACCAUCCUUGUCGUCAUUGAAUAUUGUCUAAAUGACUUUGGCUCCAUAAUUUCACUAAGUCACUUGAGGAUGUUUCAUCAGUAAUUAUUUCUGGAAGGAAAGAAAGCAAAUCUAAAGAAAGAAACUAAAUACACUGUAGCAAGAAGUAACUCCUAAAUCAUGCUUUCACGUUUUACCAUCUCCUCAGCUAUAAAAAAAAACCUGUAGUUUGAAGAUUUUUAGACUGCUGUUAAUUUGAAAUCUGUUCAUCUUACUGUGGAGUUUGAUUUGUUUGUUUGUUUGCUUCCUGUUUGUUUUUAAAGAUGUUUUUAAUUAGAGUUUUUUAAAAGAAGGAUGGAAUUUGGUUGCUAUUUCAUGGUAGAACCUGAGACUUUGUGGUUCUUCAUGUCCUCUGUAAAACUUGGUGUCAGAGUCAUGAGAUUUGAGGUUGUCCCUUCUAUUCUGCUUUAUAUUACUGCCCAUCAGGAAAUGGGAACCUGGUGAAUAUAUAAUGAAUUGUAAAAUAUUUUAAUGUGUAACUUUUUCAACUGUGAAACUGACUAUUGGUUUUUUUUGUUUUUUGUUUUUGUUUUGUUUUUUUGAUGAAAACAGCUGCUGAUAAAGUAUUUUGUGUAAA